AUGAGAGAUUUGGGAGCAUCUGUACAGUGGCCUGUGGCGCCACUGGGGCUAGAAAAGUUUGCCGACAGGCUAAUGAAAAUGCACGCUCUUUGGCGAGCAAACAGAAUCAUCAGCAGUUUGCCGCAGCACCUCAAAGAGUCACUAUCGGAAAAAGUGUCAGCUUUUGAAGCGCUUGAGGGGAAACGCCCGGAAUGGGGCUACACACGUUCCUGGAGAGGCAACUACCUAAACACGGCGGAUGAACUCGAACCAAUGAAUCAGAUGCAAGAUUACAAUACUGCUUUGGAUACUAUUAAGCACUCUCACCAAUAUUCCGAAGUCCUCUUCUCAUCCUAUGUGCAGGUCAGUUUUUUUGUGGCUCUUCACUCGUUUCUUCAUCAACCCCGCGGUGUUUUUAGGUGA